UAUGUCCUUAAUUUUCAAAAAGGAGCGUUUAGCAGGAGCUAUGUACGUAUUUUAAAUGUUUAAUAAACACUUUACCCCAAAACAAUUCCAAAAGAUGAAUAAUUUUAAAGUAGAAAAAUAAAAACAUAGAAAUGUGCAAAAUUUAAAACUUUUAGGGGGCUCGUUUUGGUUAAAUUGGGGUUACCUUGCAGGUACAAAGAAACGAAAGUCGCCACCGCUUUGAAAUUUCAGAUAAAACUUAUUCCCACGGUGAGAUAAUGCACAGAUCGGGACCGAGAUUGCUAACGUAGAAUGAAUUGCAAUAAACUUGAGAAGACCAAGGAACGCCGAUGAUAGGACAGAAAGUUAAGCUGAUAUGUAAUGAAAGCUCUUCAUGGACUAAGCUGAUAAGCAUCUGGCAAAGAAGUCACCUGCAAAACAACAUGUCCCGUGACUUUUAUGAGGGCCAAGUAAUUUUACGAACAUGGUUUACGAAUUUUCCUACAUGAGAGAUUCUGGAAUGCAAAUAUCGUAAAAUGUUUUGACGUUAGUUAUGAAUUUCACCAGGAAUAAAUGUAUUUACAAGAUUGAAUUAUAAUAAGUUAGAAGUACGAGUAUGUAAUAAAUUAAUGACCGAUAACGUUGUGAGAUAAAAAGAAGAGUUUUACAACCUUCUAUACAGAUUCCACGAUAUUGUAAAUAAAUCUUAUAGACCACACUGGAACAAGUCCCUUAUCUUAUAUUUUUAUAUACUUCCAGCAGCUGUUAGAUAAUAGUUGUUGUAUCUUUAUUUGCUUUACCUCCCAUCUUUUUAUCUUUUUAUGAUAAGCGUGAAUGCCAAGAUCCAAAUAAAAGGAAGAUGGCAGUUGCAAAAACCCAACAGUUGAAUUCUGACUUCGCAAGGUAAUCUACUACCAGCAUGCCUUUCACCCCAGCAAAUUCCUACGAUGGAGACCAGAAGAUUUGGAGUGGUGAGCAGGUCACUAAUUACUUUGACCCACAUCUGUCCAUUGGACAGAUAAUUUUCCAAGAGAUGCGGCGACACCCUCAGCUGAUAGCUCAGAUUUCGGCUACGGAGGAUUCGGUCCUGACCAGAAGGGAACUCCAUGCCAAUGCGAUGCGUGUGGCCAGCUAUAUGCGAAAGGAGGGACUUGUUCAAUCCGAUGUGGUGGGAAUUAUUGGAAGGAACACCACACACAUGCCUGCUGUGGCCUAUGCCUGCUUCUUCAAUGGAAUUGCCUUCCAUUCGCUCAACAUUACCUACGACCAGAAUACCAUCGAAAAGAUUUACAACAUAACUAAGCCUAGGAUUAUUUUCUGCGAUGGAGAUGAGUUCGCGAAGGUUCGAGCUGCCACCUCUCAACUGGAUGUAAAGAUUGUCACCAUGCGCAAUCAUCCAUCGGAUUCCAUACGGAUCGAUGAAGUUCUGGCCACUCCCAUUGAGGAAAACUUCCAGCCAGCCCAUCUGGAACAGGGCAACGAUCAGACUAUGGCCAUUCUCUGCUCAUCGGGAACCACAGGAACUCCAAAGGCUGUAACUAUUACCAAUAGUCGGCAAAUUCUCGCAGGAAACAAUCAUCUGACCACCGCUGAUAUUCAGUACUCCCACAACACCCUGGACUGGAUUACUGGGCUCCUUACCACCAUAACCUCCGGAGUAUUUAGCACCACCCGCAUUAUUGCAGAUAAUGCUUUCGAUCCUGCUUUUGCCAUGAGACUCAUCGAGCAGUACAAGGUUACGUGGAUUAUACAGCCGCCUUCCUGUAUGGCCAUGAUGAUUAAUAGUUCUGAGUUUGAGACCUCCGAUCUCUCCAGCCUUCGAACCUACAUGUUCGGUGGAUCCCGUGCUGCUGUUGAGCUACAACAGAGCAUCCGGAAUCGACUAAGCGUGGAUUGCCUGCAGAAUGUUUACGGAUUUACCGAGCUGGGCGCCAUGGCCACUGUCAAUUACCACUUUGAUGAGAAACCAGGGUCGGUGGGUCGUGUGGUCAGUGGUUUAAGGUUAAAGAUAAUCAAUGAUGAUGGUGCAUCGCUUGGUCCUGACGAAGUCGGAGAGAUUUGCAUCAUGAAUAAUCAACACUGGUCGGGAUAUUAUGGAAACGAGGCAGAGUCCCGAUCCAUCCGUGAUCCACAGCGAUGGUAUCACUCUGGGGAUCUGGGUUACAUGGAUCGUGAUGGCUUCCUGUAUAUAGUGGACCGCAAGAAGGAGAUGCUGAAGUAUCAGAACGUCAUGUACUAUCCUAAUGAUAUUGAAAGUGUCAUCUCAGAGAUGCCCGAUGUGGUCGAGGUAUGUGUAUUUGGAGUGUGGAGUGACGUCUAUGGAGAUGAGGCAGCUGCCGCUGUGGUGAAGAAAGUGGGCAGUGAACUGAAGGCCGAGGAUGUUGUGGAAUAUGUGAGCAGCCGGACAGAUUCCAAGUACAAGCAGUUGAACGGAGGAGCCGUCAUUGUGGAGGAUCUGAAGCGCAGUGCCAAUGGAAAAACCAAUCGAAUGGCCAACCAAGCUCACUUUUUGCAUCUUAAAGAGAGAAGCUAAAAUAUUUUGUUUAUUACUUAAAAAAUUAAAAGUUAAAGUCUGA